ACUAGGUUAUCAUAUUGCUGCAGAGGUGCAGAAGAGUAGUGAACCGACGUCCGGUGAAGUGGAACUUACACUUUACUUACACGUCUAGUCAUAUACAGAUCUACCACUUUACUACCAUGUACAAAAAGGUAUUUGUGGCGAUGAUUGUACUUUACAUUGCCGGUAAAACGAAUACAAAGAAUUAUCUAACAACACCUGAUUUAUACAGAUACUCAAUCAAGCAAUUUUUCAAAACCUCUGAACGCAUAUGGAUGUGCCGGGCCUCUAAACGAACCGCCAUUCGCUACCAGUAUGAUCAAACGGUCAGUAUAGACGCAGUGUCCAUAAUUUUCAACAGAACUUUCUGGAGCCAAGGACGAAGGCAUAGCAUUCAGCUUCAAGGACAAUUCAACCCACGACGCAAAGACCGCAUGGAUGUCAGUUCCCGAGGCAUACCAGCUGUUCUUCGGGAAACUAUGAUUUAUGAGGCCCCAAAUUCUUCAUGCGCCAUUGUGAAGCUCCGGCCAAAUAUACGAGGUGCAGCGUCUUAUUACGAGCUUCGAGUGAAAAACACUUGUAAUCGAGCUUUGAUUCACAGGCAGUGUUUGAGACACUAUCGUAACCUCACUGAUCAAGAAAAACAAGUUCAUGAGCCAGAGAGACAGCAUCUUGUUGACUCACGUGAGUGAACGUACGAUGCACUCGGAUGAAGUAUCUAUUUCUAGCAACCUGACAACGUUUAGCCCUUUCAAUGGUGUUGAGCAUUGCUGAUAUUACACAAGAUUAACGUUCUCUGCCAGUAAAUAAAAGAGGCUGAAGUUAUGCUCUUCAUUUCUGCAAGUUGUGUUCAAAGCAUUCAAUUGUAAUAAACACGGUCAUGCACAA